AGAUUUAACUUCAGUUGAUUUUAAACACGCGCGAAGACAAGUUGGUGAAAGCUGUUCGCUUGAUUUUUAACAGCAAUUCGCUUAAUAUUUCUGAAAAAAAAAACAACUUGCACUAAUUUGCUGGCAACAAGAAAAAAAGUGCUGUGCUGAAAGAAACACGAUUUCAAAUUCCCCAAAGAAACUGUCGAAUCUACGAUUUUCUUAAGCCAAAAAUAAAAUAUUACUAGCGAAUCUAAAAGAAGACUUACCGAAAAUGAAAUUCUUAAACAAUUUCCGUUGAAUUCAAAGUUAUUUGUGCAACGAAAAUUUCAUAAUUUCCCAGUGGUAUCUAUGACGACUUGGAAUAAAUGCAAAUUCUAUAAACAAAUCAAACGGAAGUUGACUUAGUUUGCGCAAAUCGUAAUGUAAACACACACGAAAAGCCGCGUACAAAAACAACGGAAUAAAUGCUAUAUAUUUACGUACAUAUGUAAAACAACCAGAAAAUAAAACUAAACGUGAGAAAACAAACGUAAUCAUUUGAACGCAAUCGCCAAGCAGUUAAAGGUGGAAAAAUCGAAAACAAAACACAGUCAUAAAAAGCAACAACAAAAAAUAAUAACAAGAAAUUCCUACCUACAAAAGGUAAAUAGCGCCGUGAGUACCGGCAGAAACAACAACGCGUCAACUACUUACAAAUAAACAUACAUUUCUCCACCUAGCAGCAAUAGCAACAACAAUAACCAAACGAAUGUGCGGAGCAAUAACCGCUGCAAAGUAACAAAAAUCGUUAGGUGAAAAGGGACGGUGAAUUGAGUAAUAAACGUGAGAAUUGUCCGUCUGCAAAAGGAAUCAUUCCUUUUUUUUUUUGUAUGCAUCCCCCAUUUUGCCGAUGAAUAGAAAUCACUGCCAAAAAUAUUUUUUUUUCUUCAACUCGAAACAAGUGAAAAGGAGUAAAACAGAAAAAAACGGACAACAGACAACGACAAUUGGUACGUGGGUGUGGUAAUUGCAUUGCUGCAACUCGUCUUGGACUUUUACUGCUAACUGCCGACUGCUGACUGCUGCUAGCUGGCCAACAACGAAAAAGGACAACGAACUGCUAAGUGGAUAAACGAGCAUUCAUACAUACAUAAAAAAAAAACAUUGUCCAUUGAAAUUUGUUACCUUCUACUUACAUACAUAUAUUUUUGCUGUUCUUCCGAACGGAUUCCGUAUUAAGCUGUAAGGAUUACGGGAAGAUGGCGCUGAUAAGACUGGCUAGAUCCAUUUUCGUUUUUUUUGCUGGCUGGGCACCGCUUUUUUAGACCACGUUGCCAACUAAAUUAAUAGAUGGGUGGAAUUACCAAAAGCAAGAAAAGUGUUACCGAAAAUUACCCAGAACGCGCUAUCGAUGAAACGGUUUUGGACAUUUAUGCGGCUAGCGCGAAUCGGUUUAGGAUAUUUUUCUCUAUAGACUUGAAAAAAGCAACCCUGCCAGACAACUAGGUCUCCUCGAAACCAUAUACGUGGAAGGUGAAUCAGGCACUGACAAAAAUAAUUCUAGUUACUUAACAAAGCUGCGUAAACCACAGUUAUCGAUGCAGCCAUACAAAUAUUUGAUAUGCAUGGAUUUUGAAGCGACUUGCUGGGAGAAUCAGGCGCCACCUAAAUGGCGUGAAGCCGAAAUUAUCGAAUUUCCUGCGGUGAUGAUAAAUCUGCAGACAGGCAAAAUUGAAGCAGAAUUUCACAAAUACGUCAUGCCCAUCGAGUCACCCAAAUUAAGUGCUUUCUGUACCGAACUGACCGGCAUAAAGCAGCAAAGUGUCGACAAUGGCAUGCCGCUACAAACCGCCAUAAUGAUGUUCCAAGAGUGGUUACGCAAAGAGCUGCGUGCACGAAAUUUACAACUGCCGAAAAUGUCCAAAGAUAAGCUUAUUGGCAAUUGUGCUUUUGUCACCUGGACUGACUGGGAUUUCGGCAUUUGCCUGGCGAAGGAAUGCCAGCGGAAGCGACUGAAGAAGCCAACCUAUUUUAAUCAAUGGAUAGAUUUGCGAGCAAUCUUUCGUGAAUGGUAUAAGUACAAGCCCAUCAACUUCGCAGAUGCAUUGUCGCAUGUGGGGCUCGCAUUUGAGGGGCGUGAACAUUCAGGUAUCGAUGAUGCGCGCAAUUUGGCGGCUUUGGCUUAUAAGCUAACAUGCGAUGGCGCACCGCUGGCGAUAACGAAGGACCUCGCGCCAUUUCAACUCAACUCGAAUUGUAUACUUUAAGCAGCGAGGGGCAUCGAAACAAGUGACUGAGACAUACAUAGUAACAGAGGGGUUGAGGUUCAUAUUAUAUUUUGCUUUGGAAUUGACUACAAAAAAUACUAAAUAUUUGUAUGUAGGACUUGAAAGAUUACACUGUCCAACAAAAUUCGUAAAAUAUUGUAGACGAUUCUUAUAUCAUUUUUCGUAAAGCUAUUGGAUUGGCUCUAGUUUUCGAGCAACUUAGGUUUAAAGGGGCCGUUUAACCAUAUUUUUUUGAUUUUGAGUAUUAAAUUGCAUCACUUUAUUGUUUUACAGAGGCUCGAAAAUGUCCACAAAUGCGUUUUUCGCAACCUUUUAAUCUAAGUUGCUCGAAACUAGAGCCAAUCCUAUAUCUUUACGGUCCGAUUCAGAUUCUACGGGAAAAAUCCUAUAA